AUGCCCUGUCAUGUUGAUACAAUUGUAAAAAUAAAUCAAAUUCGUCAAACCUACAAAGAUGAAACUAAAUUAACAAUAUAUGCUACCGGUACUUAUCCUAUCGAGAGCGAAGAUCACGAACUAGAAAUGGUCUUAUUCAUUCCAAUAAACGAUGAAGAUAGAGAUCCUAACACUCAAUCAAUUUUUGAGAAAAAUGAAUUUUAUUGUGUUGGUGGAAAAAUAGUGUUUGCAAACUUUAACGGCAGUUUAAAACUAAAAAUGACAGUCGCUUGUUCGACCCAUCUCACAAUCAAGAGGGAUCUCAGUUCAAACAGAUGCCCUUUAAAAGCUUCACUUAUAGGAAUUAUGCAAGAUGUGCCAACAGAAAUAGAUGAUGAAAAUGCAAUAAUUAAUGUCCUGGUUGAAGAUUAUGCUGGACAAAAUUAUAGCUUCGCUAUUAAAAUUAUAUUUCCUUACCAUAACACCCGAUUCAAACACUUGAUGAAUUCUACCCGAUCAACUGAGUCGAUGCUUUUUAUCGUAGGUCAAAUGGAAGUCAUUGAAAAAGAUCUAUAUAUAUAUGCAGUUGAUAUUUCCUAUAUUAAUAUCAAUUAUGGAAUAAAAAGAAAGACAUGUGAAACAGGAAAUUCUCAGACAACAACAAAAUUAUACAGGUCUGUUCGAUCAAAACUUCUAACAGCACACCAAAAUGUUAAUGAAAAUACGUCUAGAAUCUCUGAAACUACGAAUGCGAUCUCGAAUAAGGAAAAGAGUGAAUCAGUUAUAGAAAAUUCUAAUUCAACGAGACAUACAAGGGUAGAAGAUGAUUACGAUGAAGAUAAUGACUUGUAUGAAUAA